CUUGAGCAUCAUCAAGCAAUGCCAUUAUCUGGAGGCUGGCUUUGGGUAAUGAGUUUUCAUGUGGCUCAAUUUUCAAGCGUGUUUUCGUGAGAAGACCAAAGUUCUCGGUCAACAACCGGCUAACGCCUCAAAGAGGACUUCAAGAAGAUUUGGAUAACUGCAGGCUGGGUUGUAUGAAGAGGGGACCUUCUCAUGAUCCGAUGUGGGACUGUAACAUCUGCGAUCGUUCAUCGACCGCGUCACGGUAAUGACAGGAGUCCAAGUUUCGGGAUGAAAGGCCGAGACUUUCACGUGUCGUUUCGGCCGUUCAUGAUUCGAGUCACUGUAGAAAUUCAAACAAGUUACAGUGGAGCUCUUUCUGCCUUUUAACUUCCAUCUUUCUCUGUUUCUCGUUCUUUCUAUAGCCGUCUCUUUGGCUGACAUUCCCUCUUUUCAAAAUGUCCUUACCCGCAACAAAAAUGCGAGUACACAGGAUGCCAAAAACUCAACCAUUUGUACGGUGUCGGUCAACUACAGCUUCAAGCGGGUACUCGAUGAUAGAUGCAAAAUCAAGAGUUCGUGAGCAUGCUAGGAAUAUUAGUCGCACAUCUUCGAAGAAUGCUACGGCUGCUCCCACUUUGCGUCCAUCUCCUUCACCCGGUUUUCAGCAGAUACCGACCAAAAAUACAAACAUCAACCUACCUUCAGGCCCUGGUCCAGAGCCCAAUGCACCUCUGGACCGUACUUUUAUCGGUCUGUCUGGAGGCCAGAUUUUCCACGAAAUGAUGCUCCGACAUGGUGUAAAACAUAUCUUUGGUUAUCCCGGUGGAGCUAUUCUUCCUGUAUUCGACGCCAUCUACAAAUCUCCCUACUUCGACUUCAUCCUUCCUCGGCAUGAACAAGGUGCAGGACACAUGGCGGAAGGGUACGCUCGCGUGUCUGGGAAACCUGGGGUCGUCCUUGUGACAUCCGGUCCUGGUGCAACUAAUGUGAUUACUCCCAUGCAGGACGCUCUGAGCGACGGUGUUCCUUUGGUCGUAUUCUCUGGUCAGGUGGCUACAUCUGCGAUUGGCUCCGAUGCCUUCCAGGAAGCCGAUGUCAUUGGUAUUUCUCGCAGCUGCACGAAAUGGAACGUCAUGGUGAAGGACAUUUCUGAGCUUCCCAGAAGGAUAAACGAGGCAUUCAAAAUCGCUACAUCUGGUCGUCCGGGUCCCGUCCUCGUCGACCUUCCUAAGGAUGUCACUGCCGGAAUUCUUCGUACCCCUCUACCCUACAAGGCCACCACACCUGGCAUCAACCUUGGCCUUCCCAUGAAUCCUUUACAGGCUUUGGAAGCACCGACCGACGUUGCUUUGAUUCAACAGGCAGCUGCACUAAUCAACCAGGCUCAGCGUCCCUUGAUUUACGCCGGCAAUGGUGUUCUUUCAUCACCCAUGGGACCCAAACUCCUCGCUAAACUGGUACAUGAAGGAAACAUCCCGGUGACUACCACUCUGCAGGGUCUUGGCGCGUUUGACGAGACGAACGAAAAGAGCUUGCACAUGCUUGGUAUGCAUGGCAGCGCCUACGCCAACCUUGCUAUGCAGGAAGCGGACGUCAUUAUCGCUCUAGGAGCUCGCUUCGAUGAUCGUGUGACCGGUAAAGUCGACACCUUUGCCCCCGCCGCUCGAGCUGCUGCGCUGCAAGGCCGUGGUGGGAUCAUCCACUUCGAAAUACAGCCGAAGAACAUCAAUAAGGUCGUUCAGGCCUCUAUUCCUAUCCUCGGUGACGUCGUCACAAACAUGGCGUCACUCGUUCCUUUGAUUCAGUCAUCUCCUCGACACCAAUGGUUUGAGGACAUCAAGCAAUGGAAGGAGAGGCUCCCAUUUACAUACACGAAGGCAAAAGCUGGUGAACAGAUGAAGCCGCAAGAAGUCAUUGAGGAGCUGGACCGACAGGUUCAGGAUAAGAAGGAGGAUGUCAUUAUUUCCACUGGCGUUGGUCAGCACCAGAUGUGGGCUGCUCAGUUCUACCGUUGGACGCAGCCUCGUCAGAUGGUCACUUCUGGAGGUCUUGGUACUAUGGGCUUUGGUUUGCCUGCCUCUAUUGGUGCCAAGGUCGCAUCACCACAAAAAAUCGUUGUCGACAUCGACGGCGACGCAUCGUUUAGUAUGACCGCUAUGGAGCUGCAGACGGCGUCGCAGUAUAGCAUUGGUGUCAAAGUCCUCAUUCUCAAUAACGAGUUCCAGGGAAUGGUUUUGCAAUGGCAAGAUCUCUUCUACGACGCCCGCUAUUCGCAUACCAAAAUGACGAACCCCGACUUUGUUCGUCUCGCUCAAGCAAUGAAUGUACACGCGAUCAGGUGUACGAGUGCUGAAGAUUUACCCGCGAAAAUGAAAGAGUUCCUGGAAUAUGAUAAUUCAAAACCCGUUUUGUUGGAAUGUGUGGUGGAGAAGAACGAACAUGUGUUCCCGAUGGUCCCUGCCGGUAAAGCUCUUCACGAGCAAUUCGUCCAUCCCACUCUUCGGGAAUCAAAGAAGGCGUGAGGGAGUAUCAGACGAUAUUUGUUUCAAACCUGAUCCUAUUGCUGCCUCUGCUAUCAGCUAUGUAUCAUCACAAAAAAGUACAACGUGGAUUUUAUUAUGCUUGCUUAUGCCUUUUGAUGGGAUAUCUUUUUUCUUCUUCGGGGUCGUCAAUUUUUUGCUUCGCGACACCCUCAUGAGCAGCGAGCCGCUAGG